AGGACGAGUAGUGCCUAGUUUGCUUGCAUUUCCUUAAUUGAACCAAGCAAUCAAACAUGUUACUCAAUUAUCAUGGUUGAGCUUUUUUACGGUACCUUGGUGCUCCAAGAACAUAUAGGAGUACGAAAUGGAUCUGACCAUCUGUACUGUACACGAGGGCAACUUAAUCAUUUCCGGAUCAUACGGCCCUGGCCGCCAUCCCCACCAUGGCGACUGUACGUCCCCCCGCCCUCGCCAUGGCCGGUGUGGCAUCUCCUAUCACGUCGUUGCCCACCAACAGGAUUGCCUCCUGUCCUACUGACGUUUUCCAUGGCACAUAGCUUGCGACCGCACGCUUGUGAUCUAACGUACCCAUGACCCUUGGCUCUGCUCACUCCUCCGCUUGCUGCUGCACCGAAGGACGCCUCCUCCACUAUGGACGUCUUGUCACCGUCGUCGAUCCGCAUAGAUCUCAGGCUCUCGGCCAUGCAUGACCCACCCAUCCAAGCGCGCGUGCACGGUUUGCAUCUAGUUGAUUUCCUGCGGUGCUGAAUCCGACUUCCGGCCAGGGCGAACAAGAAUAGUUUUUGAAGAAAUAUUUGCCAAAUUAAUAUUAUCGAUUUGUUUCUUGUAAAAAGAAUGAUAACGAGGUUUGUUUGACGUUUUUGCCCCUGUGACCAAGGUACUCCGUGACCUUUUGAGUUGGUACUGCCACAAACUAAUUCUGGAGUGCCAGAUGAUAAUGGCCACCUGAAUGGUCUAAAUGGCUGGCUUAUAUUACUUUUUGGGGUACUGUAAGAGGACUCUCAUGGUUUGAGUUAGAGGCCGUUCGGAAACUCUCCGCUCCGUAACUCAGCAGCGGAGUGGAGCGGCAUCCAGUAGAAUUUUGGCGAGCGGCAAAAUGGGCGCUCCGCCCGCUCCGCUCCCUCGCGAAGGAGCGGAGUAUUACCGAACACAACCUUACUAUCAUGUCACGGAACAUGAAAUACUGAUUCUUACAAGUACAAUGUUGAGAGUGAAAUAUACGACAUGAAUUAGCAUACCAUGGUGUUGAUGUCUGUAGAUCAGACUCAGUCCUUGGGUCCAUCUUUAGUCCAUAGUUGACACCGACAUCGCAUCACACCAUCUCCUUAGUCAAGGCUUGUCCUUUGGGACCUGCUGAACUAUUUACUUUAUUUUGAAAAAUCAUCAUCCACGCAAUUCCGACACUAGCCUGUAUCCCACCUACAUCUAUCUGUCUUUUGAUGAAAGCUCAUCAGGGCGCAAUUGAUCGCCAGAUCUGUCUCCAACCAAUUCUGAUGUCCCCGACUAGCUUAGUUGUUGUUGCUGUUCCAAAUUUCUUGCCUCUAAACUCACAAACCUGUUAAACUCACAAAAAUAGACAACACCCCGCUGGUUGAAAACCUGAUGUAGAUCUAAUACACCCAAAACGAGCAGUGCUCCACUUGGUUCAAAGAGUAUAUGGGAUUAUACAGACAUUGACAACGUUCCGUGCCUCCAGUUCCUUGCUCUAAACAUAACAGUGCAUUCUAUGGUGGAAAAUUGUUCACGAUAAAACUGUGGAACACUGCACCAACUAGACAUGGAUCGAGACAUUUGGAUGUUGACUCUCUCUGGCUGGUAUAUAUGGAGAAAUAAAUGCGUCUAGAGAACCAGUCAAACUCGUUGGCUAACAAACCAGUCAAAGUAGUUGGCUAACGCCAUCCAUAACAUCUUCUGCCUUAUCUUCGUGCUUCAAUACUGUUCGUUGCAGUUUGAGCCAUACGUCCACCAGCCACCCACGGGUCCACCGAUCCAACGGCACGAUGGAUCGCCCGUUGCUGCACGCCCUCCUCUCCGUCCUAGCAACAACAACGACGCCAGCGUCGGCAACCAUGGCGAUAUUGACAUGUCUGAAAAGUCAUGCACCCACUUGAUCUGCAGCCACACAUAAUUUUGUGCCAGGUCUUCCCUUUGCCCCGUCAAUUGGGAUACUCAGGGAGUUCCUAUGUUAAACGUACGAUGACUGCCAAAGGACUCCAUUGCCCCAUCCAAAUGUCAUUCAUUCUUAGCCACAUUAUUUCUCUCUCGUAUCUCCCCACACCCCAUGCUUGAUCAUUGAUCCAGUUUCCUCCCCUUCUCUUUGUCGUUGACACAAAUUUCAAGGCUCAUCGUUCCAUGGCUAAGGCCUGCUGUUUCUUGGUCUUGGUCACAGUGUGGUGGCGGCCACUGAUGCUCGUGGCGGCCGAGUUGCAGCAGGGGGAAGACUGCUCGGACCAGAAGUGCGGCAACGUCAACAUCUCCAACCCGUUUUGGCUCUAUGACAAAGAUACGGGAAGAUCAUGCAGUUCUGAUCCUUACCAGGACUUCGAUGUCGCUUGUACUAACAACAGUUAUCCAUCUCUACGGAGCACCAUACCCUUCAACAAGGGCUUCAAAAUCAUCAAUAUCUCUUACGAGGAACGCAACUUCUACGCGGUUGAUCUGGGCAAGCUCAACAUAUUGCAGUCCUUCAACAGCUGCCUUGCCCCGUUCUAUAACACCUCAAUCAAGCUCAACCGCCCGUUCACGAUCGCCCCGGUCAACCUCAACCUCAUCCUGUAUAACUGCACGGAGAAGGACGGAGCAGCGGCCGCGGCAAGCCGGGACAGAGCCCUGGCGCCGACGAGAGUGAGGUGCCCGAACGAGUGGGUGGUGCUUGCCCGUGCGGGAGUGCCUCACGACCCGACCGGGAACUACAACAAUUAUGCUCGGAAGGGCUGUGCUGCCGUCGUGGUGCCGGUGCUGGGCUCAUCGUCAGGGGCGAGCGCAAGCGACUACGAGCAGCUCUUCAGCGAUGGCUUCCUCUUGACAUGGGAUCCUCCGCCUCAUCCCACUAUCUUUCCACUCAAUCUGGGCAAGCUGGACGUGUUGCAAGCCACCGACAAGUGUCGUGCGGUGUUCUAUAACACCUCAGUCAAAUUGAACCACCCGUUCAGGAUCACCCCCGUCAACCUGAACCUCAUCCUGUACAACUGCACCGAGGAGGACGGAGCAGCGGCCGCGGCACGUCGGAACAGAGAGCUGGUGAAGAUGAACGUGAGCUGCAUGAACAAGUGGGAGGUGCUUGUCCGCGCGGGAGUACCUCACGACGCGACCGGGAACUAUGCUAGCUACGCUCUGGAGGGCUGUGCCGCCGUGGUGGUGCCGGUGUCGGGCUCGUCGGCGAGGGCUAAUGCGAGCGUCUAUGAGCAGCUCUUCAACGAUGGGUUCCUGUUGGCAUGGGAUCCCCCGCUUCAUCCCUCUAUACUUCCAUGUCGCGAGAGGAGAGGGAAGAAGAUUAUGGUAAUAGGUAUGACAUCAGCAGCUGCAGCAUUUCUCUUUGCAUGUCUUUAUGUGCUGAUAUGGCAUAGAAAGGGAAAAAGACCAUGGUUUCUCCUUUGCAAGAAGACUAGCAGCAACACUGAAAAGAAUUACGAGGCAAUGAUAGUGUCAUAUGGAUCCCUAGCUCCAACAAGAUACACGUACUCAGAGGUGUUGAAGAUAACGUCUUCUCGCAACAAUCAGCUUGGGAAAGGUGGUUAUGGUGUGGUUUUCAAAGGAAGACUACAUGAUGGUCGUCUGGUGGCUGUGAAAUUCUUGCAUGACUGCAAAGGAAAUGGGGACGAGUUUGUGAAUGAGGUCAUGAGCAUUGGCAGGACCUCUCAUGUUAAUGUUGUUAGUUUAUUUGGGUUUUGUUUGGAGGGAUCAAAACGAGCUCUUAUAUAUGAGUACAUGCCCAACGGUUCCUUGGAUCAGUACAUUUAUUCAGAGCACCCCAAAGAAAUUUUAGGAUGGGAGAGGCUUUAUGCGAUAGCAAUCGGGAUUGCUCGUGGCCUCGAAUACUUGCACCAUAGCUGUAAUACACGUAUUGUCCAUUUCGAUAUCAAGCCCAAAAAUAUCCUUCUAGACAAAAAUUUUAGCCCAAAGAUUGCUGAUUUUGGUCUAGCUAAAUUGUGUCAUACAAAAGAGAGCAAUCUUUCAAUGACUGGAGCUAGAGGAACAAUUGGAUUUAUAGCCCCAGAAGUUCACUCUCGAACCUUCGGGGUGGUUUCAACAAAGUCGGAUGUUUAUAGUUACGGAAUGAUGCUGUUGGAGAUGGUCGGAGGUAGGAGAAACGUAAAAUUGAUUGUUGCAAAAUCCAGCGAAAAGUAUUUUCCAGAUUGGAUUUACGAUCACUUUGCACAAGAUGAUGGACUACAAGCAUGUGAAGUGACAAGAGAAAUUGAGGAGAUUGCGAGAAAGAUGACAUUCAUUGGCUUGUGGUGCAUACAAGUGUUACCUAUGUAUCGCCCUACUAUAACCAAAGUUCUAGAAAUGUUUGAGAGAAGCUUAGAUGAUCUGGACAUGCCGCCAAAGCAGAACUUCUGUGAACUACUUGAAAGUUCAGCUCACAAUAUGGAUGUACAAAGUUCAAGUUCUACUAGAUCUGAGGAGAUCAGCCUUGUGAAUUCAAAAAUCCUACAACAAUCGCCAACUCUUUGAGCAGAUAGGCCUUGUGAAUCAAGACUGUGAGAAGGUGGCCUGUACUAGAGUACAUUCAGAAAUUGAACAAGCGCAGUGAAAUUCGGCAUUGUAGUAGACCAUAUUCCAUAUAUGCAUGACCUAGAGUCAAGAGCGUCCAUGUACCAGCGUCCUAAGUUACCGACCACAGAAGGAAUACAAUUUAUUGUGAUGA